GCUGGAGUACAGUGGCCCAAUCUCGGCUCACUGCAAGCUCCGCCUCCGGGGUUCACGCCAUUCUCCUGCCUCAGCCUCCUGAGUAGCUGGGACUACAGGCUCCCACCACUACGCCCGGCUAAUUUUUUGUAUUUUUAGUGGAGACGGGGUUUCACCGUGUUAGCCAGGAUGGUCUCGAUCUCCUGACCUCGUGAUCCGGCAGCCUCGGCCUCCCAAAGUGCUGGGAUUACAGGCGUGAGCCGCCACACCCGGCCACACAACACUUAACUUCUAUAUAAACAACCAUGUGUUCACACAAUUUUAUCUCCAAUUCCAUUGCGACACCGACACCACAAGGGUCAUUCUAAGCUCCGAUCUAUGUUUCUACAUCCAUCCUCUGACGGUGCAAACCCUGAUUCUACAUUUUGAAAUCCUCCCGACUUUAUGGUCAGGAAAGUGAGGCCCACAGGGGUUGCUUCCGGGCAGCAGGAUGAGGAUCUGUCUCCAGCUGUCCGACCUUAGAGGGCUUCGAGAGGACAGAGCCAGCCUGCGGGGCACUCACCUUUGUGCACCUGCCCAGGAGAGGCGGGCUCAGUGCGCACGCGCCCAGGGGCCUUUAAAGCGCCCGCCGCGCGGUCUCUUCACCUAGCUGCAAGGGUCGGUGCUUGGCCUCGCCCGCAACACCCUCCUGGAGGAUGCUGAGUCCCACUGCCUUCCUCGAUGCAGAGCCUUCGAGCACCCCAGUCCCCGACGGCUUCCCCGCGGGCCCCAGUGUCUCCCCAAGACGACUGGCGAGGCCACCAGGGCUGGAGGAGGCGCUGAGCGCGCUGGGGCUGCAGGGAGAACGCGAGUACGCCGGGGACAUCUUCGCCGAAGUCAUGGUGUGCCGCGUGCAGCCCCGGAGAGCCCUGCCCCGCGCUGUGACCCCGGAGAUGCGCGCCCUGGUGGUAGACUGGCUGGUCCAGGUGCACGAGUACCUGGGUCUGGCUGGUGACACACUUUAUCUGGCGGUGCACCUGCUUGAUUCCUACCUGAGCGCUGGCCGUGUGCGCCUACAUCGCCUGCAGCUGCUGGGCGUGGCCUGCCUGUUUGUGGCGUGCAAAAUGGAAGAGUGCGUGCUUCCUGAGCCCGCCUUCCUCUGCCUCCUGAGCGCGGACUCCUUCUCGCGGGCGGAGCUGCUGCGCGCCGAGCGCCGCAUCCUGAGCCGCCUGGAUUUCCGGCUGCACCACCCGGGCCCGCUGCUGUGCCUCGGGCUGCUGGCCGCACUGGCAGGGAGCAGCCCCCGGGUGAUGCUACUUGCCACCUACUUCCUGGAGCUGUCUUUGCUGGAGGCCGAGGCGGCGGGAUGGGAGCCGGGUCGUCGCGCGGCUGCGGCUCUGAGCCUGGCGCACCGCUUGCUCGACGGGGCGAGCUUCAGGCUCCAGCCGGAACUUUACAGGAAGAAUCGGGUGUCCACCUCUCCCCCUGCUCGCCUAGUCACUCCAGUUGAAGACGGGACGCGUGCCCGAUCUCGAGAGCCCCUGACCCGUCCGUGGGGACCCACAUCGGCCCUUCUUCUCAGCCUCGAGUCUCCAGUUCCAAGGAUGGGUCAUCUCCAACCCCUUGCCCUGCCUCAGUUUCUCCAUCUCCCUGCUGCAGCCCCCAGGAACUGGGCACCCUUGAGCCGUGCAUGGCCCGCGCUGCGCUCCGAGGUCCCGCGCCCGGUGGCGCCGCAGUCUUCCUCAAGUACGCGCGGCCCCAGCGCCAGGGCACCAGCCUUGCCGCCGCCUGCCUGCUCCGCCGCCUCCAGUCUGAGCCUCCCUGAGCACUGAGACUCUGUCACAAAAUAAUCAACAACAAAAAUCAAAACCCUCCCAGUGUAUGUCCGUCUCUCAUCUCAAUAAAAGAAUUUAUUUUAUUCUGA